AUGGCUUCCCGUUACGAGUACCAAGGUUUACACUUCCACGUUUUCCAACCCGCGAAUAUUGUACCAGAACCCCAUUACCCAGCUCCCCUUUUUGUUCAACUAGAAGUGACCGUCACCCUUGAAGUCAAUAUCAUCCGCCAUUAUUGCUCAAUCAACCACUUAACUCGCGACGCUCAACCUUUAAUCUUCUCCCAAGAAACCCGUCGUUUCGACCUCCACAUUGUGAAAGACCGCUACAGGGUUACUGAAAUUCUUGGGUCCAUGCUAAUAGGACUAGGACUCAGCUCUUGCUCUCUUGUGUUUAACGUUGUCCUUCGUAAACUUAUCCGAUAUGGACUUGAACUCUCAAACUGUACGUCCAGCAUGGGACGUAUAGUCUUGCCAUUACAUGCAGACCUAUGGGGAAAUUUUGUGGAACAUGUGAAUUUCAGCGAGACGGGUUCGAUCUCAAGAGCUUUGGAGGAAUCGGAAUCGCAGUAUGAAACGAGUAGCUAUGGCAUGCUUUCGGCGAAGGAGUCGUCGGUUAAGGAGAUGCUGAAGAGAGUUAGAGCCGAAGGUGUAGAAGGUUGCGUGAUAUGUUUGGAGGAACUUGAGGUUGGAUCAGAUGCUUCUCAGAUGCCUUGUUCUCAUACUUUUCAUGAGAACUGCAUUCAAAAGUGGUUAAAGCAAAGCCAUUGCUGCCCUAUUUGUCGGUUCGAGUUGCCGACUUGA